AUGACAGAUUCGGAUCCAAACGGUUUGAAGGGCUCGAUUCAUACAAAUUCUGUGACUCCUCAGAGUGGUAUCAUAGCCAAUUCAUCGCCCGAUACUACUUCUUCAGGAACGAAGCAAAUAGAAAGUAGUGCAAAGUUAUUGGAGGAACCACAAAUAAGGAAGAUUUUGAUAUCAGAUUCCAGUUUUGAGAUAUUACUUUAUAGACUGAAGCAGAGUAUCAAAUCAUGUGAUGAGUUUGCCAACUUUAUCAAAAGAAAGCAUAGUUAUGAGGAAAGUUAUGCAAGGGAUCUCAGAAAGACUGCCUCGACUUGCAAAAGCAGCAUUCGAUCCAACUGUGUUUUUGUGAAAGAUUCAUUUAUAGAUAGUUUGAGAAAUGUGAUCAACUAUGAUGAAAGAAUGGUUGCAGAUGUGCGAAGGCCCUAUAUUAAGGCUCUCGAAACGAUGUAUGAUGAGCUUAGUUCAUUAGGAAAUACAUUUGCGCGUUUAAGAAAGCAGCUAAAAGAAGAAGGAAGUAGAAAAGAAAAAGAAGUUAUGGAUGCAAUUUCACAAGCUGAAAAAUCUAGAAACAAGUAUCAAUCGGUGUGCGCCGAUUUGGAAAAACUCCGUAAUUCGGAUCAGUCGCAAAAGAAAAUAACACUUCAGGGCAGGAAGACGGGCCCUCAGCAGGAAGAAGAAUUGAAUAGAAAACUGCACAGUGCGGAUGCAGAUUACAACAAAAAGGCAUAUUAUUCCCAGAAUUUGGAUCAUGCUUUGCAAAUGCAACUUUCUAAAUAUGCUGUUUUUUGUGAAUCAUUAGUCAUCGAAUGGGGAAAUCAAAUCACACCAUUAGGUCAUAACCAUACUGCUAUGCAAGAAGCGGUUUCCUCGAUCGAUGUCGAACGCUCAUUGUACAACUAUAUUAUAAAUAGCAAGGUCGAGCAUAAAGGUUCUUUUACACCUGUGGAAUAUAAACGUCAUGCGGUAUUCGGAAACCUUACGGCAGAUGGAAGUUUUGCGAGGUUGCACUUCACUUACCGCUAUGGAAAUGAUAAAGAGGUAUCUACUUCAUCCGGAAUUAAAAAUACAAUUGGUCUUAAUGGUCCGCGUCCGCUUUCUGAGUCGUCCAUUUCACAAUCGAACUCUGGCAAUCUGGUCCAGAGUCAGCGGCUUUCUAAUCCAUCUGUUGACCAAAAUGGAGAAGAAAUUCAAGUGGAACCCAAGAUCCCAAAUUUGGGGCCCAAUGCGAAUAACGAGCAAGGAAAACUAUUUGGUAUUUCUAUUGAUAAAGUACCACAUGAUGAUGAGAUGGUCCCAUUGUUUGUUAAAAAGAGCAUACAUAUACUUGAUAAAUAUGGCGUUAAUACCGAAGGUAUUUACCGAUCCAGUCCUAAUAAGAUUCAUAUGGAGCAACUGAAAGAAAUUGUUGAUAGAGACCCAGAAGAUUUAUCUGUUUUAGAUCCUCCCAAUCCUGAAAGCAUACGAAUGACUAUAUAUGUGUUAUAG